AUGCUUGAUCCAAAUAUUAUGUGGGAACAUUGGAAAACAAUAUUUCUGUCGGUUGCAGAUUUUCAUGCACCAGAAAGAACAAAAAAAGUUAGAAGCGAGUACGCGCCAUGGAUUACAGAAAAUAUUAAACAAACUAUGCGUCGAAGAGACUUUUUAAAGAAAAAAGCAGUUAAAACAGGAUCAAAACAUUUCCAUGAUGCUUAUAAACGCACACGAAAUGAUUUGAAUAGAUUAAUUAAGAAUACAAAAGCAAUUUACUUUACAAAUACUUUAAAUGACUCUGAUAACAACCCAAAGAAAAUGUGGAAAACAAUUAAUAAACUUACAAACAAACAGUCAAAAACAACUGUUAUAUCUGAAAUCCGAAACGAUAAUCAAAAUUUGACUAAAAAACACGAAAUUGCAGAUGCUUUAAAUUCACAUUUCAACGAAGUUUCAUCUCGUUUGGCUAACAACAUGCCACAGAGCUCAAGGACAUUUGAGUCAUACGUGACUAGGUCCGAUACACAAUUUACGAUACAAAAUGUUUCAUUAACUAAGGUAUAUAAGUUGCUCUCUACAAUUAAAACAUCCAAAUCAGCAGGGCAUGAUAGAAUACCCGGUAAACUUCUAAGAGAAGCUGCUGAAGUAAAAGCACCAUCCCUGUCAGCAAUCUUUAACGCAUCUAUAAACACUGGUAUAUUUCCUGAAGACUUCAAGAUUGCUAUCAUUUCUCCAAUUCAUAAGGCUGGAAGCAAAACUAAUUGCGAUAAUGAUAGACCAAUCUCGGUUCUAUCCUCAGUUGCUAAAAUAUAUGAGAAAUUAGUUACAGAGCAACUAGAAAUUUAUCUUGAAACUAAUCACAUUCUUGCAGAACAACAAGCAGGAUUUAGGAAAAAUCACUCUACACAAACUUCUCUACUUAACAUCACGAACCAAUGGCUAAUGAAUAUGGAUAAGGGUUUGUUAAAUGGAGUGAUUUUUUUGGAUCUCAAGAAAGCGUUUGACUGCGUUGAUCAUAAUAUAUUGUUAAAAAAAAUGCAUUGUUAUGGAAUAAGAGGUCAUACGCUUGCUUGGUUCCAGUCCUAUCUUUCUAGCAGGAUUCAAAUAUGUAAG